GAGUUGUUGACUUUGAGGAUACUUAUUAACCUCCUCUUUUCAACGUCUUGGUCCUUUGCGUGACAUAUCAACUUCAUCGCCAAUCAAUUGUAAUUAUGGCUCCCUACACUGCUAAAUGGGGCAUCUUGGCUACCGGUGGCAUCGCUGAGUGCUUCACUAAGGAUAUUCUUACAGAUCCUGCCGCUCGCGAUGUCAACGAUGUACAGCAUGAGAUUGUCGCCGUUGCCUCAUCCAGCUCCGUCGACCGUGCGCGCGACUUUAUCAAGAAGAUUGAUGGCCCCUCAUCCGCUGCUGUCUACGGCUCCUACGCUGAGCUAGUCGCCGACCCAAACGUUGACAUCAUCUAUGUUGCUACACCUCACAGCCACCACUUCCAGAAUGCUAUGCUAGCCCUCGAGGCUGGCAAGAAUGUUCUCUGUGAAAAGGCACUCACUGUUACUGCUGCACAGACCAAGAAGCUGUAUGAGGUCGCCAAGUCCAAGAACCUCUUCUUUAUGGAGGCUGUCUGGACACGAUACUUCCCUCUCAGUAUCAAAAUUCGAGAGUUGAUCCAGUCUGGUGCCAUUGGUACUGUUUAUCGCACAUUCGGUAAGAAGAAUGCCUGCCGAAGUUAUACGAUAAAGCUGACUCCUCCUAUAGCCGACCUCUCGUUCAACAAGAAUACUGAUAGCCAAGAUCUUGACUUUCCUGAUUCCAACCGCAUGGUCAAUCCUGAUCUUGCAGGCGGUGCUUUGCUCGACCUCGGCAUCUACUCCUUGACCUGGGUCUUCCAAUCUCUCUAUCAUGUUCAGCCCGAGGCCGAAAAGGAGGCUCCAAAGGUUGUAGCCUCCAUCAACAAGUAUCGCACAGGUGCCGACGAGUCCACGAGUAUCAUCUGUCAGUUCCCUAAGCACAACUCUGUCGGUAUUGCGACUACCUCAUUGCGCAUCGCCACCGACGUCGAUGGUCUCUACACUGGUGGCCCCGCGAUCCGUAUCCAGGGCUCUAAGGGGGAAAUUCAGGUUACUGGUCCUGCGUUCCGGCCAACCGAGUACAAGGUGAUCAAGUCGGACGCGAAUGGCAAGGUGGAAGUAGUGAACUGCCCAAUUCCUACAGAUCCUAAGCGCAACAACUGGGGCCACGGUAUGUUCUGGGAGGCGGAUGAGUGUGCACGUUGCCUACGAGAUGGCAAGAAGGAGAGUGCUUCAAUGCCUUGGUCAGAGAGUAUAGUCAUCAUGGAGGUCAUGGACAGCGCACUCAAGCAGGGCGGUGUGUCCUACCCCGAUCUCAUCACCACUGAUGUCUUCGAUCCCAACAGUCCUCUCAAUACUGGCAAAAAAUGAAGAUAUGACGUGUAAUGCUGGACAUAAUCCUAGAAUUCAUGAUGAAAUAAAAGUUCGAGGAUAUGCAGGGAUAAUCACAGCAUUGAGC